AUGUCCGGGAAAACGCAGCAAGCAAAGGGAGAAGAGAAAGACGAAAAGCAAAGGGGAGAGAGGCAGGGAGUUGUUCUCACCCAGAAGACGACUGGAAAUUCCGUAUAUCCCGACCCCAACGCAGACAGCUGGAGGAACGGCUUAGGGGGUUCGAGAAGGGAGACGGCUGGUCUGGAGCAGAGAGCAAGACGAGACGGCCAGAAGGGGAGGAAGAAAGAGGCCAGAGGAGAGGGAAGAGAGGAAGAGGGAAGAAGAAAAAAAGGUGGUGGUGAUGGAGCAGGACGGCUGGCUUUUUUUUUCUCUUCCUGCGAGGGGUCCAGUUCCACUUUGAAGCGUUGUUAUAAGAAGUUUUUUUUCUUAUUUGCUCCCUUUUUUGCAGAUUCUGAAGCCGGUGGUCGAUACAAGCCCCCCAACCCAAGCGGAUCCGGAACGAGGAAAGAAUUGAGAGGGACAAGACGAACGAGAGGAAGAGAGACGAGAGAGAGAGAGAGAGAAGGAGAGGGAGAGGAGGGAGAAGGGAGAGAGAUAAAGGAGCUGUCUCUCCUGGGGGAUGAAAAGAAGAAGAAGAAGAAGAAGAAAAGAGAGAGAAGGAGAGGACGCAGACGAGAUGAAGAAGACGCAGCGAAACGAGCGAUGGACGGAGGUUAG